CUCCGACAACCCAGCCACCCCGCAACACUUGACCCAACUGCGAACCUCACCCUCCAACACCAUCUGAUUCCAUCGAGAUCUGACUGCUUUGGAUUGUCUAUACUGACCUGCAAGUGUUCAAGUUACCUUUUUCGGUACAUCAGGUCAUAUACCGCGCUUGAAUCAUUAUGUCGCCUGCCCCUGUCCUUCAGACCGCUACUACCUUACCAUCUUCACCACAACAACCCCACACACCCACGUCGACAGCUAUACCCGCAUCAAAACACUUUGAUGACAUCUUUCACGCCAAGUUUAUGCACAUCAUCCAGGAAUGGAAGAAUGACCCCUCGCGGGGCCAACUGACCCAAAAGGAUCGAAAGGCUUUCAUUGAGAAUGCCUUCUUCGAGACCGAUGAGCUUUACUUUGGUCGGCGGAUGAUGACCGAUCUUGAGAUCAAGCUUCGCGCACUUACCAAGGUCUUCUAUAAGGUUCUUGCUGAAGAACCUUGGUCUGAGGAUUGGAUCCGCGCCCCUGAUGUUGAGCGUAAGCUGUCCAAGUUUGAGAUGCACGAAGACUCUGUAGCCCUUGCCAAGCAGUACGGCUUUACUACACCCCGGGAGGCGGUCAAAGCGGCACGUGAGGCUGGCAUCAAGAAUGCCGAGACCUACAAGGAGGCCCAGAAGGAGGGGAAGUCUCUCCAAGACAUUAAGCUUGAUCGUGGUCCAUUUGAUGAUAUUGAGAUUGUCUACAUCGCUGGCACGGUCUCGUCAUCUGCUACAAGCAAGAUCGACCGUUCGAGUAUUUACCCAGUAUCCGUCUCCUCGGUCGCCAAUGUCCUCCAGAACCACAUAUGUAGGGACAUGGUGCGCCCGUUCUCCAUGGCCGAACGCUUCGUCAACUGCACCGAUACCAAGGAACUCGAAGACAUGCGCCGCUUUGCCUGCAACGUCUGCGACUUUUGUCCCCAUCUCCUCGAUAACGACAACGUAAGCCUUCUUGUCGUGUUACUCAUUCUCUCGCGAUCUGACUGCUGUCGUCGCUUUGAGGCCAAUGGUAUCCGUAUUGAAGGCUCAACGAUUAGCCACCGCAAGGCUGAGUGUAUGAAGAACAAAAUGGGCUGGAAGACGUCAGAGGACAAGAAGCCAUAUGACAACUUCGCUCAAGAGUUUCAGACUCGUGUUAAGAACGCUUGCUUUCCGGCUCCUCGAGCUCAGCGCAUUGGUGGCCGGAAGCCGCCGCGCAACUCCUCCGGUCCUGCGACACCUCCGAUCUACGCCCAGCCUCACAUGGGGUAUGUCGCGCCUCCUCAAGUUCGUAACGACAAUGUCAACACCGGUAUUAACGUUGCUGCUCCGCCUCCCCAAAAUCAUUUCUCGCAGGCUGCUCCUCCGGCAAUCAAGGACCAGCGUGCAUCAAUCGGUACCGUUAGCAACACCGCCGAACCCAUGGACCUUUCUUAGGGUAUCUGGCGAACUUGCUUUUCAUCACCAACCUGAUUUAUUGCAUGGCCAUGGCGUUAUAUGGGUAUCGUGUAUUCUGCAUAGAGGUAUAAAAACGGCGUUGAGCGAUUUGUCACAAUCACAUCUAUAGGUGCGAUAUCAUGUAAGCACCAGCUUCUUCUUAAACACAUUCAUGUACAUAGUUACACAAGCUUAUCUGUAGCUGUAUAAUACAUACAUAAGUGAAUGAAAGAC